UUAGUUUCUGUUGGUAACGUUUUAUCGUUUUCGUAAUGAUCUGUCAUUUAAUCCAAUCUAGAAACAUUCCAAACGAAGGUGUUGCUGCGUAAUAAUCAGUAGCCAUUUAUCAGUUAUUUACGGCAGUUUUUAUCGAUUCGUUUGUAAAUACGUGGAUGUGGUUAGUUUUUAGGUGAUUUAACAAAAUGAGUGAAGCAGUGACGGAACCGCAGUACGACGUGGGUGAUGCCGUUUUGGGCCAAUCAUUCGUAUCAUAUACAAAUUAUAAUUUUGAAAACUCAGCUUUAGAGUUAGCUCGAUGUCAGUGGUCCAACUAUGCGGACCAACAUUAUAUGAAAGGGUGCAAGUGGUCGCCCGAUGGGACUUGUCUGUUGACGGUUGUCCGAGGUGCUGGAAUGCACGUAAUGGAAUUACCACAAGAUUUGUACUCUGGAGAGACGUUAAUGAAUAGUAGGCCUAUUGUGGCCCUCAGUCCUGCCGUUAGUGUGCCUGAAAGUGGCUUAAUAUAUGAUUGCUGUUGGUAUCCAGGAAUGAAUAGUGGAAAUCCAGCAACUUGUUGUUGGUUAUCGAGCGGUCAUGAAGGCCCUAUCCACUUGUGGGACGCUUUCACUGGAAAUUUGCGGUGUUCCUACAGAGGGUACAACAGUGUCGAUGAACUGGAAGCUGCAAUAAGCGUAACUUUUUCAGCUGAUGGUCAGAAUGUAUUUUGUGGUUACAAGAAGAAUGUUAAAAUUUUUAGUACGGGUCGACCAGGACGGGAGUUCGUUGAAUACCCAACAACCCAUCCAGCUUCGUGUUUGGUGGCUAGUCAAGCGCAACCUGGCGUCGUCGCUAUAGGUACGUGGAAAAACACAAUUGAAUUGGUGGCUCAGAGUGAUGGCACGUUCCGCCACCUGUGCAAGCUGACUGGUCACCGAGGAGGAAUCACAUCCAUGGUGUUUUCUUUGGACGGAUCCCGCCUAUACAGCGGCGCGAGGAAGGACAAAGAAAUUAUCUGCUGGGAUCUACGAGUACCGGGCCGACCCAUGUUCUGUUUGACCCGUGAGGCUAAUACCAACCAAAAAAUCAGUAUUGACCUCUCCAUGUGUGGUAACUGGCUCGUCUCGGGGGGCACGGAUGGUAAGGUGCAAGUAUGGAAUGUUCACGAUAGUACCUAUCCAACUGUUCAUAUGCAAAUGCCCCUGCAUAGUGACAGUUGUAAUGGUGUAAGUUUACAUCCUUAUCGACCGAUACUUGCCACCGCCACUGGACAACACCAUACUUUGGAUCCACUGCAUCAUACUAGGACAGCGCUGGUUUAUGAGAACGCAUUGUGCAUGUGGUGGGUUGGACAACAACAAGAAGACCCUGAUCUACUGGCGACCAUCAUCAAAGCUGCAACGAACUCUUAGAAGUGAUAAGUUUGUGUUUUAUUUUGCAUUUAUGUUAGUGGGGGGUGCCACAUCACAAUCUAGUUGAUAAUGUUGUGUAUUGAAUAAAGUAUUUUCACACUG